AUGUCUACGCCGCUUAGGAUGACGACGCCGCUUGGUGUAUCUUUAUCAUCCGACCUGAAACGUGCCUUGCAAGACAAUGAAAAGCUGACAAGGGACGUGAGCGAUGCAAAACUUUUGAAAGAAGAUGCUGAAAUAAAACUGAAAAAAAUUAGGAAUAAGCUUAAUGGAGAGCACUCUGAAAAGUUGGGAAAGUUGAAUGAUAAGUACAAGGCUGUACAAGAAGAACUGAAAACGAUGAAACAGAGUUCGCAGUUGAAACGGGAGAAAGGAGUUUUGGAAACUGAAAACCGUCGUUUGGAAACUGCAAAAAGUGAAUUAGAUCGGCAACUUUUAGGAAAAAAUGAUGAAUUACGAAUGGCAGAUGUGGAAAAAGUGGAAGAUGUUAAGAUGAUUCGGGACCUGAAAGCAGGGAAACGGCCACCUUUCAAAACUGAAUUCAAAAAUCUCAUCAGCAGGAGCGAGAAGUUUAGGAGAAUAGAGAUAGCGAGAGCUGAACUUCAGCGAUGUGGCGGCGAAGCUUCUGAAUUUUACUGCCUUCUUCUUGGAAGAUUGAGUAAGUUGGGUCUUCUGAAAUGGAAGAUGUCAAAGAGGGAAGGAUUAUAUCUCUAUCACGCCAGCAACCUCACGAGAAGACGAUUCACCAAGUUGAAACAAAUGCUGCGAGGAAGUGGAUGUAUCGAUCCAUUGCCAUCUAUUCAUGAGAUCAAAAAGCUGGAGAAAGUUGUUGGCUCCUCGGAUCAAUUAAAGGUCACCGAGCAUACCGUUGACGGUAAAUCCGUGGUCGCCGUUCAUCUGCUCGACGUCGUCAAAAUGUUAACUGAAAGGAUUAAUGAAUUAGUUGCUAAUGGAAAGAUGGUAGUUGGAGACGAUCCUAUUUGGCUUACGAUCCUCGGCGAUAAAGGAUCAGAAGAAUUCAAGUUAUGUUUGUCAAUUGGAAAUGUCUCCCAACCUAACAGCUGUUUCCAUCUAAUUCCACUUGGCAUUUUCAAUGAUGACGAAAGCAGUGAAAACAUUCGAAAGUAUCUAGGUCCCAUCGUUGAACAACUCAAUCGAUUAUUGUUCCUAAAGAUAAAAGUAGGCGAUAAGGACAUUGAUGUACCUGUGGAGCAGUAUCUUGGGGGAGAUAUGAAGUUCCAAUGCGAUGCUAUUGGUCAUGAGGGAGGAAACAGUACCUAUCAGUGCAUGCAGUGCUUUUCGCUACGAGGACAGUCGAUCAGCAGGUCCAUGCAACUAAAAAGGGGUGACAUCAAGAAAACCAGGAUCUCGAAGGCAGUAGUCAAUGAUAGAGCUGAAAAACUGGAGGAGCUGGAAGAAUUUCUUUCAGGAACAAAAUGUGCUCUUCAGAUAGUUCAAAACUUCAAGAAUCGCCAAGUCAACGGGUACAAGUCACCAUCCGAGCCGUGUAGAGCAGCGAUGUGA